AUGCUGAACUUCCUGAGGACCAUGAAGCAGGAGGAGCUGGCUGACCGUCUGCAGAGCAGAACUCGUGCUGCAGAGGGUCGAAAUAAACUCAAGUCUAACCUGAAGGAGAAGUUCCAGUGUGUGUUUGAGGGGAUCGCUAAAGCAGGAAACCCAACCCUUCUGAAUCAGAUCCACACACCGCUCUACAUCACAGAGGGAGGGACUGCAGAGGUCAAUGAUGAACAUGAGAUCAGACAGAUUGAAACAGCAUCCAGGAAACCAGACAGACCAGAAACAACAAUCAGACAAGAAGACAUCUUUAAAGCCUCACCUGGAAGAGAUGAACCAAUCAGAACAGUGAUGACAAAGGGAGUGGCUGGCAUUGGGAAAACAGUCUUAACACAGAAGUUCACUCUGGACUGGGCUGAAGACAAAGCCAACCAGGACAUACACUUCACAUUUCCAUUCACUUUCAGAGAGCUGAAUGUGGUGAAAGAGAAAAGGUACAGCUUGGUGGAACUUGUUCAUCAUUUCUUUACUGAAACCAAAGAAGCAGGAAUCUGCAGGUUUGAAGAGUUCCAGGUUGUGUUCAUCUUUGACGGUCUGGAUGAGUGUCGACUUCCUCUGGACUUCCUCAACAAUGAGAUCCUGACUGAUGUUACAGAGUCCACCUCAGUGGAUGUGCUGCUGACAAACCUCAUCAGGGGAAACCUGCUUCCCUCUGCUCGCCUCUGGAUAACCACACGACCUGCAGCAGCCAAUCAGAUCCCUCCUGAGUGUGUUGGCAUGAUGACAGAGAUCAGAGGGUUCACUGACCCACAGAAGGAGGAGUACUUCAGCAGGAGAUUGAUAGAUGAGAAGCAGGCCAGAACCAUCGUCUCCCACAUCAAGACAUCACGAAGCCUCCACAUCAUGUGUCACAUCCCAGUCUUCUGCUGGAUCACUGCUACAGUUCUGGAGGAUGUGUUGAAAAGCAGAGAGGGAGGAGAGCUGCCGAAGACCCUGACUGAGAUGUACAUCCACUUCCUGGUGGUUCAGUCCAAAGUGAAGAACAUCAAGUAUGAUGGAGGAGCUGAGACAGAUCCACACUGGAAUCCAGAGAGCAGGGAGAUGAUUGAGUCUCUGGCAAAACUGGCUUUUGAGCAGCUGCAGAAAGGCAACCUGAUCUUCUAUGAAUCAGACCUGACAGAGUGUGGCAUCAAUAUCAGAGAAGCCUCAGUGUGCUCAGGAGUGUUCACACAGGUCUUUAAAGAGGAGAGAGGGCUGUACCAGGACAAGGUGUUCUGCUUCGUCCAUCUGAGUGUUCAGGAGUUUCUGGCUGCUCUUCAUGUCCAUCUGACAUUCAUCAAGUCUGGAGUCAAUCUGCUGACAGGAAAACAAACAAAAUCCCAGAAGUCUAAAACAUCAAGAAACAAAUCUGAACUCUUCUACCAGAGAGCUGUAGACGAGGCCUUGCAGAGUCCAAAUGGACACCUGGACUUGUUCCUCCGCUUCCUCCUGGGUCUUUCACUGCAGACCAAUCAGUCUCUCCUACGAGGUCUGCUGACACCGACAGGAAGUAGCUCACAAACCAAUCAGGAAACAGUUGACCACAUCAAGAAGAAGAUCAGCGAGAAUCUGUCUGCAGAGAGAAGCAUCAAUCUGUUCCACUGUCUGAAUGAACUGAAUGAUCGUUCUCUAGUGGAAGAGAUCCAACAGUACCUGAGAUCAGGAAGUCUCUCCACAGAUAAACUGUCUCCUGCUCAGUGGUCAGCUCUGGUCUUCAUCUUACUGUCAUCGGGAAAAGAUCUGGACGUGUUUGACCUGAAGAAAUACUCUGCUUCAGAGGAGGCUCUUCUGAGGCUGCUGCCAGUGGUCAAAGCCUCCAACAAAGCUCUGUAA